AUGGAAUGUUACAGGCGGUACAGUGUGUUCCAGAUGAUCUCCUGGCAUACACUGAUGGCCUCAUUUUUCCAUCAGUUACGACUUUUGUUGCGGAAAAAUGCCCUUAGCGUCAUCAGGCAACCUGCAUGGUCUUUGGCUCUUCUUAUUUGGCCAUUGGUCAUCUUCAUUAUUCUGGCCAUCACCCGCUCCCAGUUUCCCCCGAAGAUAAGAGACACAUGCUAUGUUGCUCCGAGGAACCUUCCCAGUGCAGGGUUCUUCCCCUUCCUGCAGACCCUCAUGUGCAACACAGACACCUCCUGCUCCAACAGGUCUCGCCUGGUGAGCAGACACUACCAAAGACACCAUGGACACAGGGUAGCACGGGACACUGGGGAUGAUGAAGAUUAUCAAAGCAUGGCCUUUCUACCUGCCGAACCACCCAUAAUGGCCAAUCACCAGCUUGGGGGCUUGAUCCGAAAUGCACACUCCACCAAGGAUGCAGUCAAUCAAACUGACCUUAUGGAACUAUGGGACAUGCUGCUAAAUUCCAGCCACCAAACAACCCUUUCAAAGACCUCACUCAUGGCCGCUCUCAACAGCACUCUUCUCCUCGAUAAGGAAGCGCUUCACAGCAUGCUGCAGUCCGUGGAUCAGCUGAAACAGUCGUUCUGCAGGUUCUCUCUCAGCACUGUUGAUCCAUCAGUGGAGGACCCUCUUGUCCUUGGCCUGGCAACCUUCUGCACGACCAACGACACCUUUCUAGAGAUCUCCUUGAUCAUUCUAAACAAGGUGAUGACUCAGCUGAUCAUGAACAGCCCAGCCGAAGUGCUCAACACCGUGGGGGUGUCAGUGGCUGUCUUUGAAAACCUCCAGAAGCAGGACUCUCUCUGGGAGUUCUUGUUGGACCUUCCCAACCUGUUCCUGUUGCCCACGGAUGAAGAAAUACUGUCCACUGGUGCCAAAAGGCUGGAAUACAUGAAGAGUAUUCUCACCUCCAUCCAGCACAGCUUCCCGGAGGCAAACCUGUCUGUCACCAUGGCGAACCCAGUCAUUGAGGGAGGCAUCUCCCUCCUCAGAUACAUGAGCACAUGGAGAGGCAGAGAUGUUUACAUCUCGCUCAGCGAUGUCAUGCAGCCAUUUAAUGUGUCGUUAGUACCAACAGAGUUCAUCAAACUUGUUGAGCAAGUUGCGGUUCCACUCAGUAAGGCUGCAGUGCUGUUGGACAAGGCAUCCUUCAGUGCUCAUGUCUGUGACAACGGCAGUGCUCCAAGCUGGGUACAACUGGCAUGUAGCAGUGGGCAGGUUGAUAACAUCUUUGACCGGAUAAGUUCACAAAAAGUGAUAGAACAGGUGCUUCUGGCUUGGAGUAAUGGCUCUGCUCACGCUGAUGUGGAGUUCGCCAAGCAGGUUUUGAAUCACCUGCUGAACAGCUUCCUAACCCGAAACCAAGGAUCUGAGAAUCUCAAGUGGAUUCGUAGCGGCCUCGGGCUGCCCCAGAGUGUGCAGGAGGAGCUGUUUGUCGGUAUUGGCUCCGUAGUAACGAACCUACUGCAGGGACUUCCUGGUUGGGAAACUGUCCAUUCCAUCCUCAUGGGUGGUCACACUUCCAUGCAGCUUGCCACACAGGCAAUGAUGACACAGCAAGAACUAAUGGGCCUUGUGCUGAAGGAUGCCCAGCACAUACAGGCCACUCUUCAGGCCUUAACGCAUGACCAGUCUGUGGCAGAGGCCUGGGCCUCCCGCAUUAUGGACUCGGCAGUGAAAACCGCAUUGCAGGCUGUGCUGGCUCAGGGUCCUGUGGAGUGCCGCAGUCUUGCUGCCCCAUGGUCCUGGCUCUCCUCCCUGAGCUCCUUGGAUCCUCAGCUCUGGGAUACGCUGAUUUGUCCUGGAAAUGGCUCCCGGCUAGAAGGGCUCCUGCUAGCACCUCUGCUCCCUCUCAUACAGAAGGUGAACCAACUGGUUGACGUGGUUGAGGGCAGUGAAAAGUACAAUGUCAGUGUUACCAUGAUUCUUGAAGAGUGGCACAGGCUGUCAACAACCUCUGUGCAGAAUGGCCAGUUCCUUCAGCACUUUAUCAAUGAGCUCGAUCAAGACUUCCUUGCCAGCCUGAUCCCCACCAAUAUCACUGUCAACUGGCCAGAGAUCCUGAUACAAAGUUGUAUUAUUGACUAUGAUUCUAUACAUUGUAACAUCACUAGUGGACUGGAGGCAUUUGAAGAUGUGAGCUCCCAGCUGCACAACACUCCUCUUUGGCCCUCUAUGGAACCCUUCUUUCAUCUUGCCUACUACAUCAUGACAUACCAGCCCAAUGUCACUGCAGCCCCAAACUGCACCAUGGAUCAGUUCAUGCCACACUGUGACACUGGCUUCACCAAGGACAAAUUCAUUACAGUCACCAAAGCUCUGGUUCAGGAACUCUCCACAAAUCCAUCAGCAUUAGUGAGGCUUGUCCAGGGCUCAGCGGCUCUCCUUCAAGGCGUCUACGGGGACUUUUACAUCAGCGCUCUGACUCAGUUCCUCCAUACUCCUGGGCUGUUGCCAGGUGAUGGGUCCAUUGGUAACCUCCUUGGGAAUCUCAUUCACGUGUUGGACAAAGACAUCCAGCUCCUCUCUAAUUUGAUGUCAGUUGAACAAUUCACCAGUCAUCUCCCUAUGUCUCUUCUGAGUCACAUAGUGGAAAUUCUUAGGUUGAAGCCUUUAGAGGCUGUCUGGAACGGUGCCAAUAAUGCCUCCUCUAUUAUCAAUGCUAUCUUGGAGGUUGCCAAAAACAACCAAUACCUCUUGUCUGGACUGCCCAUGAACCAAUCCAACCCUUCCACUGCAGAGCUGGAGGCUCUAAUCAUGAAAUGGCUUGAGAUGGAAGUCAAUUUUACCUUGCCAAUCUCCUUCAGUCUGAGCGAAUCUCUGCUGAUGUUCUCUGCCUCACUGAAUGCAUCAGACCUGGCCUUUCUGGAGCAGGUCUUGAAGCCUCUUGCUAAUCAGCACUCUGAAGGGAUAGCUGAAUCGGUCCUGAGGGCGCUGGUGCUGCUGAAGGAAGUGGUUGAUGUCUCCGACGGUGACCCCUCUACAGUGGUACUGGCGUACGUUCGACAGCUGCAGGAGUUUCUGGUGAGGUCUUUCCAGCUGGAGCAGCAUGUGCAGCUCCUUCAGCCUGGAGGAGGCCUCAGUCCAGCACAGAUCACCAAUCUACGCCCAGUUGCCAUGGAUAUCCUUCAGAUUCUGUCACCAGAGUCCAUCCAGGCACUUAGUCCGGAGAGUUGGACAGCCAUCGUGGAUGCCGUCUUGCGCAGUCUUGGUGCUUUGUUUCCUCAUGAGUUCCAGGCCUACUAUCCACGCCUAGUGAAUGAUACAUCUGCGUUAAUUGACGAUUUGAAGGUCUGUUUGGCUUCAGGUCAGGACUGUGCUGCUGGUGUCUCACAGGUUUCCCAGAUUCUCUAUCAGGUUUCUGAGGCAAUGUUGGCAUCAAACGAUCCUAACCUGAUACUUACAUUUGGCCCAAUUCAAGGUAACAUGACCUUUUCUGUCACUGGAAAGCUGCUUGCUCUGAUUCGUCCUUGGUCAAAUGCAUCUUCCCCACAAGAGCCGACUAUGAAAACUGUGGCCGAAGUUCUCCACUUCCUUGAGGAGAUCACUGCCAUGUCCAACAUCAGCUUGGCAGCUCUCCAACAAGCCCUCAGUUCAGCAAACCUCACCCUCUAUGAGCUCGACAAAGUCUCACAGUUAGCCAUGAACCCAUCUGUUCCCAUCAUCUUGUCAAACUUGACUGCCAUUGCCAAUAUCCAACAAUGCUUCAAUGCACAAACUCAUAAUGCUUCACUCAUGGCAUCCAGGAACUCCAGUGAGAUUGAAUGUGCUCUGAAGAUUAUUGAGAAAACGAUCAAUUUCCUUCAGGCCUUCUCUUUCCCUCAAAGGACAAAAUCAGACCUAGAAGCUCUGAAGCUUAUGAUUGAGAUCCUUGCUGAACAGGUGGGGAAAGAAAAUGUGGGUCUAGACCCUGUCAAAUUGACAGAGGAGAUGUUCAGAAUAUCCUUGGAAAACAUAAAAGAAAGCCUCAAGAACCUCAAUCUCAGUAAUACAGAAGAAAUCCUAAAUGAGCUCCGCAUCCUUGAUGGCAUUCUCCAACUUGGUUUUCAUGACAGGUACCCAUAUCACACCAUAAACGAAACAUGGCUGGAGAAGCAGGAGUAUGCACAGAAGGUGUAUGCUGAGAUUGCACAGUGGUAUCUGAAGAAGCUGGAGAAUGCAACCAGUGACAGCAUGUUUGCAGAGCUCUUGUUUCCCAUCUUCCGCAUGACAGAAAUGCAGAUUGCAAUAAAUCUGGUUCAGUCUGAUUUCACUUUACUGGUGUCCCAGCAAAUUGAAGGUUUGCUCUCUCAAGUUCAACUUCCAUUGGACGGACACGAUCUGAGGAAAAUUGGGCAUUCCAUUAUUACUAUACUCCAUGGCCAGCUGGAACUCAUUAAGAUAAAUUUAAAACUACAGCAGGACUAUUACGACUCCAUGGGUAUUCCGAUGAACAUCAGUAUACCAAACGACAUUGAGGAACAGAUCAUGACGUACCUCAACCACACUCAAAAUUGGAUCUCAGACCCCAGUUUCACAUCUGCCCUUACCGGUCUACUGCAAUGGGACAUAAACUUGGUAAACAUUACCACUGUUGACACUGACAUCACCCAACUCAUUAAAGCUAUAGUUCCACUCCUGUCGGCAGCAGACCAGGAUUACGUCAUGGUGAUAGACAAGGCCUUCCAGGCGCUGAUACAUGCAGUGCAGGUGGAGAGUCAUGAAGGUCUUCAAAGUGCCAACUUCACAGCGGCCAUUUUGAAUGCGGUGCAAGUAAUCCUAGAAGUGGUGCCCACCGAGAAUGGACCGUUGCCAAGUCCGGUCAUCCAUCAGAUUCGGGGAGCCCUGGGCAGCUCACUUCAACUCAUCCUCCAUCCCAACAUGAGCUUUGCCCAGUCAAACCAUCUCAGCCUUGUUGUUCUGAGGAGUGUGGAGGGUCUGAUAAGGUCACUACUGCCCAGAGAAGCUGCUGAGGUGCUGCUUCCCAUGACCAAUGUUGUCACAACCUACUUUGAGACCAUCGCUCAGCCUGCCGGCCCUGAUCAGUGGAAUAUAAUCAUUGUGAACAUCAUGAAAGGACUGACCAACAGUCUGCCAGAGAAUAGCACCGCACAGCCCGUCCUUUCUAUGAUCACGAGAGCGAUAGAAUCCAUCCUGGAUGUAACACAGGUUAGCAAUGUGAACAUUUCAGGAAAUCUGGAUCUUCAAAGUGCCAACUUCACACAGGCCAUUUUGAAUGCGGUGCAAGUAGUCUUAGAAAUGGUGCCCACCGAGAAUGGACCGUUGCCAAGUCUGGUCAUCCAUCAGAUUCGGGGAGCCCUGGGCAGCUCACUUCAACUCAUCCUCCAUCCCAACAUGAGCUUUGCCCAGUCAAACCAUCUCAGCCUUGUUGUUCUGAGGAGUGUGGAGGGUCUGAUCAGGUCACUACUGCCCAGAGAAGCUGCUGAGGUGCUGCUUCCCAUGACCAAUGUUGUCACAACCUACUUUGAGAGCAUCGCUCAGCCUGCCGGCCCUGAUCAGUGGAAUAUAAUCAUUGUGAACAUCAUGAAAGGACUGACCCACAGCCUGCCAGAGAAUAGCACCGCACAGCCCGUCCUUUCUAUGAUCACGAGAGCAAUAGAAUCCAUCCUGGAUGUAACACAGGGUAGCAACAUGAACAUUUCGGGAAAUCUGGGUUUUCAAAGUGCCAACUUCACAGAGGCCAUUUUGAAUGUGGUGCAAGUAGUCUUAGAAAUGGUGCCCACCGAGAAUGGACCGUUGCCAAGUCUGGUCAUCCAUCAGAUUCGGGGAGCCCUGGGCAGCUCACUUCAACUCAUCCUCCAUCCCAACAUGAGCUUUGCCCAGUCAAACCAUCUCAGCCUUGUUGUUCUGCGGAGUGUGGAGGGUCUGAUCAUGUCACUACUGCCCAGAGAAGCUGCUGAGGUGCUGCUUCCCAUGACCAAUGUUGUCACAACCUACUUUGAGACCAUCGCUCAGCCUGCCGGCCCUGAUCAGUGGAAUAUAAUCAUUGUGAACAUCAUGAAAGGACUGACCCACAGCCUGCCAGAGAAUAGCACCGCACAGCCCGUCCUUUCUCUGAUCACGAGAGCAAUAGAAUCCAUCCUGGAUGUAACACAGGGUAGCAACAUGAACAUUUCAGGAAAUCUGGGUCUUCAAAGUGCCAACUUCACAGAGGCCAUUUUGAAUGUGGUGCAAGUAGUCUUAGAAAUGGUGCCCACCGAGAAUGGACCGUUGCCAAGUCUGGUCAUCCAUCAGAUUCGGGGAGCCCUGGGCAGCUCACUUCAACUCAUCCUCCAUCCCAACAUGAGCUUUGCCCAGUCAAACCAUCUCAGCCUUGUUGUUCUGAGGAGUGUGGAGGGUCUGAUCAGGUCACUACUGCCCAGAGAAGCUGCUGAGGUGCUGCUUCCCAUGACCAAUGUUGUCACAACCUACUUUGAGACCAUCGCUCAGCCUGCCGGCCCUGAUCAGUGGAAUAUAAUCAUUGUGAACAUCAUGAAAGGACUGACCCACAGUCUGCCAGAGAAUAGCACCGCACAGCCCGUCCUUUCUAUGAUCACGAGAGCGAUAGAAUCCAUCCUGGAUGUAACACAGGGUAGCAACGUGAACAUUUGGGAAAAUCUGGGAAACCUGAAUCUUACUGAUAUUGAAAAGGUUGCCGAACAGCUUGAAGGGGUCCUGGGAUCCCUUAUCCCUCUUCUUGGGGAUCAGGUCCAAGGUCUCACACCUCAGGCUGCUAAGGCCUUUGGUGACACAGUCCCGGUGCUCAUUCAAAUCAUCACUGGACAGGCUGAUCAACACACCUUUAAAAGAGGGACCCCUGCCUGGAACAGUUCUGCCUCCACUCUCCAUGUCAUAAAAGGAGUCAUUGCAGCGAUGGCAGAUAAUCUAAAUGCUCAAGCAGAGUUCAUCCACAGCCUACAGGAACCCAUGUCCAACCUCACCAUGCACCUGCUUCAAGCUGUGAAUACCAGCACUUUCAACAUAGCUGACUUCUUCAGGGAAUUCCAGUUGGCCACACAGCACACAAUUGAAGCUGCCAUUCAGACUGCUGAAGAGGGCAGGGCCUUGAACUGCAGUGAUGUGCUGAAAAUAUGGGAGGAGGUUGGAAAAGCAGCGGGGGUCCCUCCAAGCAGCCUGAGCAUGUGGUGCCACAUUAGCCUUCUCCCACUCAUGGAGGCCGGUGACUCAGCAGGACUACAUUUCCCACCAUUCAAUGCAACGGGAGCUGGACCAGGGGCCCAGUCAGUCAAUGGCUCAGCGGCUGAGAUUGUGAAGGCUCUGGCGUCUCUCUACAACGCCAGUCUGUCCCAAAACAGUGCUGCUCAACAGCUAGUCACAGUACUCACGCAUCACAUAUCUUCCAGCCUGCCAGUGAUUGCACCAGGAGCCCAGGAUGAGUGGAUGGACCAGCUUCUUUCUCUGCAGUUGUACCAAAGCAUUUCAGGCAUCCAGAUGGCACUGGAUCAAGUGGAGCUGUAUGCUCCUUGGAUGCGUCCCUAUGUUCUUGCCUUGGAGAAGGCCAUGGAGUACACCCUGAAGAAUAGCCAGCAGCUGCAGAAUUACACAUCAAGCCAGCAGGUGCUCAUGGAGGCCCUUGAGAUUCUACUAACUGGGAUGAACUACUCAAGUGAGUCCAUACAGGAACUGCUAAGCGGAGACUUCAUCAGUGUUGAUGGACCGUCCAUUGACAAAAUUCUGAAAUAUGUAAUCAAGGACGUCAUUCAGAUGAAGCUGCUAGGUGACUGGCCCAUGGCAUAUGGUGUAUUGGAGCAAAUCCUUCAUGCAGAUGGCACAAGUGUCGUCAUGGACAGAGCCAUUGAAUUUGUCAACUGGUUGGGAACCACCGAUGAAACUGGUGUAGGAUUUCUCACUGAAGCUCUUCCAAAACUCUACAGAGUGGUUCAGGCUGUCUUAAGAAUGGUGUCAGAAAUAACCUCUGACCUGCCACCUUACACUGACACCUUCACUGACCUAGCUGGGAACACCCUUAACAUGCUGAGGCAAAUCACCCGCACUAGUGAUCUCUUUGCUCCAGUGGACGCCCACCUAGCAGAACUCCAGAGGAACCUUAUGUCACUGGGUCAGGAUUCACCCAGGAGGAUGAGGCGAGAGGCCAAGAGGGAGCCUAUGGAUGACUUCCUGGAUCUCCUCGAGAUAGACUACAGUGCCUUGUUCCAUGCACUGUCCAUCCCGCCCACACCCACAGAAAUCGCGGAGACCAUCCAUGUCUUCUUUUCCAACCCUGACCUGGCUAUUAUUUUGAAGGGCCUGGUAAGAGACAUGACCGGAAGCUCAGAACAGGAUGAAACUAUUGACACCGCCCUGAAUGUACUUUCAUACCUGUCACUCCCCAGUCAGUCAAUGAAGUUUGUAAAGUUAUUCAUGGAGAUUGCACAAGACGACUGGAGCGUGGAGGACUUGGGGAAGCUUGAGAAGCUAGCAGAGGGUCUUGCCCGAAUGGUUGAUGUGGCCAUGAUAAUGUCUCAGCAGCCCUCCCUCAACAUUGCCCAGAGAAUUGAACAGAUUGCUAAACAGCUCUCCAGUGUGGUGGAUCACAUCAUUAGCCAGAAAGAGAACAUCACUGAUGUAGCGUCCGAGUUUCUCACAGCUCUUAAUAACAUUCUCCUCCAGAAUAUUGAAGAAGCCAAAGACAUCAGCCCACAGAUCACAGCUAUUCUCAAAGAGAUAAUUACCACUGCCUCCAAGCCAGGAUCACAGGCAAGUCUGUUACCUUACAUCAUCGCUCUAGACCAAACCGUGAGAGCUUUCUCCCCAGUCCUCUCAGCAGAGAAAGUGAUGUACUUCAAUACCUCAGUGCAGAUGGUCAAAGGUUUUGCCAUGCUUGUCUCACAUCCACAUAAUGUUCAGAACAUGCUUAAGUCAGCUCACUUGAUCUCAGCCUCUUUGAACCAUGUGUUUGGUUACUCUGGGGAGGUCAGCCUUCCAGGUGGCCAGUCCAUUCAGGAGGUGGUGUACCCUGUGGUCCUGAACAGCGCCCUGGCAACACACAUCCUGUGGAACCUCUCUUCCAUCAGUCACACUUUCAGCAGCACUCUGGAGAAACAGAUGAUGGUGAUUCAGAGCAUUGAGAAGGCGGUCGCUCUCCUCCCAGAGGACAUGCAGGUGUACACCGCCCCCCUCAGGCCUGUGCUCCUGUCGGCUCUCUCCUGGGUGUCCAGCACAGACCAAAUCGUUCCAGCCUUCGUGAACAUCUCCCGAGAAGUCACUGCCUCCCUCCUCACUGUCGUCAACAUCACUCAAGGCCCAGUGUCCAUGGAUGGGCAUGGCCCUGCGCACACUCUCUAUGUAGUGUCCAACCAGGUGCUCCAAAGCCUCUUUGAGGGGAUGCUGAUGUCCUCCACUGACCUGCCACACGCCAUCACCUCUCUGAAGCAUGCAGUGAUCACUUUGAGUACAGUACUGCCAGCCGAAGGCAGCCAUUAUCUCAAUGUCUCUCUCCACCUCCUCGAGACCUUAGCACAUGCAGUGAACUACACCAGCACCACGGGAGACCUCGAGGGAGCUGUGUCCAGUGUCGCAAACUUUGUCCAAACCCUUCUGACCAUGGUGCAGUAUUCCAGUACUGAGACCACAGGCAGCAUUUUAGGUGACCUAGAAGCCACCCUGAAGAAGGCCCUGCAGAUCAUUCUCUCUGACGGGGACCCCUUGGCCCAGGCAGCCGGCAUCUCCCAGCAGGUCCUCCACAGCAUUCAUGGCCUCCUCUCUUUAGCUGACAGCAGCACGGAGCUGAGUCUGGCUAGGCUGGUGCUGGGGGCUACUAAGAUGAAUGUGGGCCAUCUGUUGCUGAUGAACGACACGAACUGGGUGGACAAAUUACCCAUGGUGCUGGCAGACAUUGCCAAGAGCAUCCCUGAGGACAUUCCUUUCUCUGGCCUCAUUAAGAACAUAACCAUCAGCUUGGCCGGUGAAUCUAAAGAAAACCUGAACCUCCUUCUCCAGACGGUGCAGACAGCAUCCACGCUCCUGAUGACAGACAUGUGGAACGCCAACUACAGUCUGCUGCUGAACCAUUUCGGCUCUCAGUUGUGUGCCCUGGAGGGGAUGGAUUCCAUCCAGCAGCUCACCCAGGCCCUGGAUCUCCCACCUGGUCUACUGUGUCAGUCGAUUGCACCAGCCAUGCAAGCUCUCCAUGAGAUAAUCACCAGCCUGGCACAGGACAGCAGCGACCUGUAUAAUGUGCUGUUUGAGAUGUUCAUUGGGGACCCCUCCACCUACAACAUAGAAUCUGACUGGACCAAUGUUUUCUCCAAGGUACUUGGCUUCAAUAUAAGCUCCCUAGGAACACUUGAUGUCAACAUGACUACUGCACAAGGUGAAGUAAAGAUGUCUGACUUACUCCAGAAUGUCACAGGCUUCGCCAUAUACGUCCAUAAGUACACCCAGAUCUCUCCCGAGAUCAUUCAGGCUCUCCUGAAUGUCUCACUGCCCAGCAGCAACCUGCAGGUAUCACACUCUUGCUCUCUUUCUGUCUCUCUCUUUCGCUCACUCACACCCACACACAUACGUAUUCUGGCUUUGCUGACCAACAUGCGGCACUGCAGUGACCCGUCGAUGAUGCUGUUAAAUAACACAAACGGGCUCCUUUUCAGGACCUUCUGCUCACUCCGAGCCGACCAGUGGUAUAACUUUGCACUUCUGGUCAUCCGCCAUGCAAGUGUGGAAAAUCUCAUGUACAAGCUGCUGCUGUCCAGUGACAUGCAGGGUCUGGUUGGAGUCAUGCUGCAGAUGGUCAGGUUCUUGACGGACAUGAUGAACAAGCUGCUGCCUGCCGUCCACAAGCUGCAGGAGUACUUGGUGUCCUUUGGUAACCUCAACCUUGUGGCCGACUCCGAGUUCCACAGUCUGGUGAGGGGCAAGCGGUCCACCAUCUCCAGCAGGUCAACGUUCACCACUAUCUCCCGGGCCUUGUGCAGAAAUGGGAUCAUGGCGCUUUUUGGGAUCUCUAAACUGCCCAUCAUGACAGACACUGAACCUUCAACCAAAGACGAUCACAGCAGAGAAGAGCUCAUUGAAAAGUUCAAGAUUCCCCACGAUGCCUCCCCAUUCUGUAUGAACUUUUACCUGGACAUGGUGAACACAACGGGCGGAGCCGUGGCCUGGGCCUUCCUCAAGCCCAUGCUGCUGGGCCAGGUCCUCUACACUCCAGACACCCCCCUGACUAGAGAAAUCAUCAGGAAGUCAAACGGCACACUGCACCAGUUUGGUCAGUUGAGGAUGUUCUCUGAUGAGUGGAUUCAGUCUUCAUCAUAUUUAAUGCAGUCGGCUAAACUUCUGCAUCAGACAUUGCCAAUGCUUCAGAAUUCCCUCAGUAAUCCAUUCGUUCAGAACUUCAUUGAGUCACAAGUAAACGUCGACAUCGGACUUAUGCAGGAUACUCUCCAGAACUUUUCCAACAUGACCGAGCUCCUGGAGAAAAACAAGUUCAUUGUGACGCAGAUCACCACUCUGUCCAGUCUGAUGAUGAACCUCUCCUCCUGUGUGAACUUUGACCGCUACAAGGCCAUGAGCUCCGUGGAGGAGAUGGACGAGCAAGCAGAGCUCCUGGCUAAAUCACGAGACCUCUACGCAAGCAUCAUGUUCAAGCUGCCUGAAGACAAUUCCACCACCCUGCCUCCAAAAGUAGACUACACCAUCCGUAUGCAGAUCGACAACUCCAUGCGCACCGACCGGACCCGAAACCCAUUCUGGGUGAGGGACUCCUACAUCACCAUGACAAGGACGCAGAGGUACAACCGGGGCUUCAUCUACCUGCAAGAGGCCAUCGACCGAGCCAUCAUUGAGACCCAGUUGGGUGAGCCGGUGCAGGAGCCAGCGGUCCAGCUUCAGGCCUUCCCCUACCCCUGCUUCGCUAAGGAUGAGUACCUGGAGAGCAUUUCAUUUGCCUUCCCUCUGGUCCUCAUGAUUGCUUGGGUCCUGUUUAUUGCCAACUUUGUCAAGAAGCUGGUGCACGAGCGGGAGCUGAGAUUGCAUGAGUACAUGAAAAUGAUGGGCGUCAACCCCAUCAGCCACUUCUUCGCCUGGUUCAUCGAGAGUGCGUGCUUCCUGGUGGUCACCAUCAUCCUCCUCACCAUCAUCCUGAAGGCGGGCCACGUGCUGCCCCACAGCGACCCCUUCCUGCUCUUCCUCUACCUGUGCGACUAUGCCCUCAGCAUCCUGGCCAUCAGCUUCCUGGUCAGCUCCUUCUUCAACAAGACAAACAUCGCCGGCCUGAGUGGCAGCCUCAUCUAUGUCAUCUGCUUCUUCCCCUUCAUUGUGGUCAUGUCCCUGGAGAGCAACCUCUCGCUCGCCGGCAAGACUGCACUGAGUCUGUUUUCACCAACCUGCUUCAGCUAUGCAAGUCAAUACAUAUCCCGCUAUGAAGCCCAGGAAGAAGGGAUCCAGUGGAGCAACGCCUAUGUGUCCCCCAUGGCUGGUGACACCGCCUCCUUUGGCUGGCUGUGCUGGCUGCUCCUCAUCGACUCUUUAUUGUAUUUCGUUGUGGGUGCAUACAUUCGCAUGGUUUUCCCAGGUAAAUAUGGCAUUCCAGCUCCCUGGUACUUUCCCGUGAUGCCAUCUUUCUGGUCCGACUUGUUUGGGUGUCAGUCAAGCUCUGAGAAAUCUGCCAAAGGGCGGUUCUUUUCCAACAUCAUGCAGAAGAAUCCAGCAGAUAGCAAAGACAAAGCUAACGGACUCUUCCCCGCGCAUGAGGACAGCGAGUUCACUGGGAUGCCAGUAGGGGUGGCCCUCCAUGGCCUGACCAAAACCUAUGGGAAGAGGAAUGCCAUUGAGAAUCUCAAUCUGUCCUUCUACGAGGGACACGUCACCACACUGCUGGGCCACAAUGGAGCUGGAAAGACCACCACCAUGUCUCUGCUCACUGGAUUAUUUGGCCCCACCUCUGGUACCAUUGAGGUCUACGGGAGAGACAUGCAGUCCUAUUUUGAUGAGAUCCGCAUGGAUCUGGGAGUGUGUAUGCAGUAUGAUGUUCACUUUGAUCACCUGACAGCCAAAGAGCACCUGCUCUUGUAUGGGCAGAUCAAGGCACCCCACUGGUCACAGGCAGAACUGAAGACACAAGUACAAAAGAUCCUGAAGGAAACAGGCAUGUACGCCCACCGGCACAAGCGGGUGGGCACCCUGUCGGGCGGCAUGAAGCGCAAACUCUCCAUCUCCAUCGCCUUCAUUGGCGGCUCACGCCUGGUGGUCCUGGACGAGCCCACCACCGGCGUGGACCCCUGCUCCAGACGCAGCAUCUGGGACAUCAUCCUGCAGCAUAAGACCGGUCGAACUAUAAUCCUUUCCACACAUCAUUUGGAUGAAGCGGAAGUUCUCAGCGACCGCAUCGCAUUCAUGGAGAGGGGGGGUCUCAAGUGCUGUGGCUCUCCCUACUACCUCAAGGACAAGCUUGCCCAGGGCUACAACCUGACUCUCACAAAGAAGGUGCAGAGUCCUGAUUCUGAGGAGAAGUUUGACAGCAAGGCGCUGAGGGCCUUCAUCCAGUCCUACCUGCCUGAGGCGCGCAUGAAGGAGGGCGAGGUGGGCGACGUGGUCUACUGCCUGCCUCCGUAUAGCUCCCAGAAUGCCACUGCCUACCGCUCGCUGCUCACCAGCCUGGACCAAAGCCUGGACUCCCUGCAGCUGGGCUGCUACGGCAUCUCUGAUACCACUCUAGAGGAGGUGUUCCUCCAGCUGACUAAAGACGAGACCGAGGCGGAGGAGAGGCCCUGGUCUGUCUCCGAGUCUGUCCUUGAGACGGCCGCCUCCAGAGACAGCUUGCCUGACGACCUCUCUGAGAGCUCCUACAGUUUCGGAGACAAAGCCAGUCUGACGGGCACCUCCACAGUGCGUGGGCUGGCCCUGUUCGUACAGCAGGUGGUGGCCAUGCUGCUGAAGCGCCUGCACCACUCCCGGCGCGACUGGAAGGGCAUGUUCGCGCAGAUCAUCCUGCCCGUGUUCUUUGUCAUCGCCGCCAUGGGCCUGGGCUCCAUCAAGAGUGACCUGCAGAACUUCCCUGAGAUGGAGCUCUCGCCCGGCAUCUACGACAAGGGCGAGCAGUAUUCCUUCUUCAGCAACCAGAACCCUAACUCCAGCCGCCUGGUGGACACAAUGAUGACCUUCCCUGGCAUUGAUAAUAUGUGUUCAGACGACCUGCAUGACACGGCCUGUGUCAGAGACUCCAAGGCUGGCCCUCACAGUUGGACCUCCAGGGGGAACAGCUCGAAGCCGUUUGAAACCUGCAAGUGCUCCAAAUCCGAGCAGGUCUGCCAGCGUGACAACUAUGACCCUCCUCACAUCCGGAACCCCUCCUCUCAGAUCGUGUACAAUCUGACUGGAAUAAAUGUGGAGGACUAUCUCUUGGCCACUGCUAAUGAAUUCAUCAGAAACAGGUAUGGAGGCUGGUCUUUUGGAAAGCCUCUGCCUCCUGACCUAAAGAUGGAUCUGUAUGAUGUACCAAAGAACAGGACUCUAGCCAAGAUCUGGUACAACCCAGAGGGCCACCACACCAUGCCAGCCUACCUAAACAGCCUGAACAAUUUCAUCCUGCGUUCCAGCCUUCCAGCUGACAAGGACCACCAGCAGUACUCAAUCUCAGUCUCCAGCCAUCCUUACCCAGGCCAGGUGGAGGAGGAAGAUGCCUUGGUGAAAGGUCUGGUCAACACCCUGGUGGCAAUUUGUGUCCUGACCGGCUACUCCAUCAUGACUGCCAGCUUUGUGGUCUACGAGGUCCAGGAGCACCACACCGGCUCGAAGCGACUGCAGCACAUCUCUGGGAUCGGUGAACCUUUCUACUGGACCAUUAACUUCCUCUACGACAUGGCGCUCUACAUGGUGCCAGUGGCUCUCUCUGUAGCCGUGAUCGCUGCCUUCCAGCUGCCAGCCUUCACCGAGCGACAGAACCUGGGGGCGGUGACACUGCUGCUGGUGUUGUUCGGGUUCGCCUCCUUUCCCUGGAUGUAUCUCCUGACGGCAAUGUUUAAAGACGCAGAGAUGGCCUUCAUCAGCUAUGUGUGCAUUAACCUCUUCAUCAGUGUCAACACCAUCAUCUCCACUUCUAUAGUGUACUUCCUAGGGCAACUCAACCUACAUGAUGAGAGCAUCCAAGCGGUGUACCACACCUUGAGCCACGUGUUCCUCAUCUUCCCUCAGUUCAGCUUUGGCAACGGGCUGAUGGAAUUGGCUCGGGUAGACAUGCAGAUUCAGAUCCUGAAGGCCUAUGGAGUGGAUGCCUACAAAGAUCCAUUUGGAGCAGAUAUGCUUGGCUGGAUGUUUGUCUCCCUCGUCCUGCAAGGGAUUCUGGGCUUUAUUCUGCGCCUGCUGGUCAACAAGUGGUUCAUGCGUAAACUCAGGAGGUUCAUCUGCCGCAGGAAAGCUGUUCCGCAGAAGAGUACCUGGGAUGAGGAUGAAGAUGUGGUUGCAGAGCGUCACCGCGUUGACAGCGGGGCGGCUAAUGCCGAUGUGCUUCAGCUGAACCAGCUCACUAAGAUCUAUCAGCAUCUCAACAAGAAAGUGCAGGCUGUCAAGAGGCUGUCUGUGGGCAUACCAGCUGGCGAGUGCUUUGGACUUCUUGGUGUCAAUGGAGCUGGAAAGACGACCACCUUCAAAAUGCUGACCGGAGACAUCAGCCCUACUGAUGGAACUGCCCAAAUCCAGGACUGGGAUGGGCGCAUGGUUGACAUCUUGGACUGCAGGACGGAGGGCAUAAACAUCGGCUAUUGCCCUCAGGUGGAUGCCCUGGAUGACCUCCUGACUGGAGAGGAGCACUUGUACUUCUAUGCCAGAAUUCGAGGAAUAUCCAAGAGGGAAAUAGACAGAGUGGUGAACUAUCUGCUGAGAAAGCUGGAGCUUGGCUACUACAGACACACCGCCUCUGAGGACUACAGCUGUGGAACCCGGCGCAAGCUCUCAACGGCCUUGGCACUGAUUGGACACCCCCAGAUUCUGCUUCUGGAUGAGCCUAGCUCUGGCAUGGACCCCCGCUCCAAACGUCACCUCUGGAAGAUCAUCUCAGAAGAAGUGAUGGGAAAAUGUGCAGUGGUGCUAACCUCACAUAGCAUGGAGGAGUGUGAAGCCCUUUGCACUCGUCUGGCCAUCAUGGUGCAGGGACAGUUCAGGUGUCUGGGCUCCCUGCAGCACAUCAAGAACAGGUUUGGUAGUGGAUUCACAGUGAAGAUGUACCUGGUGGGGGCCUCUUGCGACGUAGACAUCAUCACCAACUUCAUGCAGGAACAUUUCCCCAGCACAUACCUCAAGGACCACCACUCUACAAUGGUGGAAUAUCAUGUUCCCAUCGCCCCUGGUGGUGUAGCUGACAUCUUUGACCAGCUAGAGUCUAAUAAGACUGCACUGCAGAUCAAGCACUUUUCUGUUAGCCAGACUACUUUGGAUGAGGUCUUCAUCAACUUUGCCAUGGGGAAGGUUGGCAUGGAGAUGGUGCACAGCGAGGGCUCUGACGCUGACAGCCUUGACUCCUUUGACGCUGUCGACACAUGAAGGAUCCGGUUCUCUUACAAAGCACAACAUGCUCGGCUGAGCUGAGCUUAUAAAUUCUAUGGAGUGUACAAUAUUAAUAUACAAUUAAUAUUUUAAAUGAGGGUUGUUUUCUUUUGGUAACUUUAAUUGUUAUACUGUCCUUUUUUCUAUUCAGUCCCUAUUAUAAAUUGCACUUCAUCCUGAUUGGGCUCUUGCCACCACUGAAAUCACAUAUAUGUCUAGGAAGUCAUUACAGUUGUAUCAGAAAACAUUUUUUAUUUUCUGAGGUAAAAGAUGGUAAUUUUAUGGUAUUUCCUUAUAUUUAUUUUA